CUCACUUCAAACACCUGUAACUUUUUCCUAUAUAUACCUUUCUAUAACUUCCAACCUUGGAAAAGCAAGACUGGCAAUACCAAAUUCCACCGUUACUACUCUUCUUCUCAUUUUCUCUUUGACUCUCUUCUCUUUCUCUUAACCACCCAACUGCUUUUAUAUUUACAUUCAUUCAUACAUACAAUUUCCCAGCUCGCUCCUCAUGGAAGCUCAGGAUGAAGCUAUGGCACUUGUUAUCAAAGGGAAACGCACAAAGCGUCCACGGACUCAGUCUCCACUUACCUUCCCUAUCGUUUCUACUUCUUCUAGUGCCGUUGAAAGUGGGAUUGAAGGUGAAAGGUUUAGUGACAAUUCUUGUCCUACUACGUCUCUUGAAUUCACCACAACUAGUACUGAAGAGGAAGAGGACAUGGCGAAUUGUUUAAUUCUUUUAGCUCAAGGUCGAAACUUUAACAAGAAACUUUAUUCGGAUCAUCAGCAGCCGGUUGAGAAUUACCAGUGCAAGACGUGUAAUCGGUGCUUUCCUUCGUUUCAGGCGUUGGGUGGACACAGAGCGAGUCACAAGAAACCAAAAGUUGUUAAUAACGUUAAUGAAGAGAAGAAAAGUUUGUUGGUAAUUGAAGAAGAUGACGAUCAUUUCAGCCAUAUGAGCACUACCCUUUCUCUGCAAAUAUCAAAUAGGGCUUCUUUGUGUGCGACCAAUAAAGUUAAGGCUAAUAAAGUUCAUGAAUGUUCGAUUUGUGGCGCUGAGUUCUCGUCGGGGCAGGCCUUGGGCGGCCACAUGAGGCGACACAGAGCGUUUAUAAGCAACAAUACGACGACGUCAACAGCUUUGAGUAUCGGAACAGGUAGUGAUCAUCAUCAUCAUCAUUCAACAGAAGCCAAGAAAACAAGAAACUUGUUGCAAUUAGAUCUUAAUCUUCCGGCACCGGAAGAUGACCGCCGGGAAUCGAAAUUCAGCUUCGCUUCGAAAGAGCAAGUUAUUGUGUUCUCAGCUUCUUCUUUGGUUGAUUGCCAUUACUAAACUGAUGCAACAACCUUUACUUUUUUUUUUUUCUUUUGAUGAAUUUGUGUUACAAAGGAAAUGUGAAAUAUUAACAUUGUUAAAUUCUCUAUAAUGUAAGUGAUAAUUGUUGAUUCUUUGAAUUCU